AUGUCUGGGAAACCAAACCGUCACCAGAGAAGGCCUUCUCUGAGCGUUUUUCCGAUCUCCUUCGAGGAUCCCUCAACAGCAAACCCUCCAUCCUCCAUCCCUUCUCAGACGCCGCGCCAUCAGAUCCCUCCGCCUACUCCAGCUGCUGCUCCUCCAGCAAACGGUGACAAGAAAGAUGACAAUGCUAGCAAGGAAGGGAAAGCCUCUUCUAAUUGAUUUGUGUUUUCCUUUUUCUUUUACUUAAUGUUUAAGCCUACUAUCAUCGCAUAAACCUGUCCCUGUCUUUAUUCUAAUAACGCAUAAUAAUCAGUCUUUUGUAAAAU